UUGAUGUAGAUGGACGCGGCUGCGCCUGCGUGAUCGGAUCACAGUGCCGUGCGUACUCACCCGUUACAUCCCACAGAUUUAUCUCAUUUAACCUAAUAUGUUAUCAUAAAAGACUCGAAGACUUGAAGGUGAAGUGUUAAGUGCAGCAAAGAUUCAACCGGACGAAGGAACGUUUUCCAAUGUUAGCGUUAACAUUAACAUAGACGUUGCUAUGACGAUGCUUGCGAUGGCGCGAGGCUCUGAGGACAGACGUGAGGAUGAGGCGGCGACAGAGGCAGAGGCAGAAGCCGAAGCCAACGGAGAAGUAGAUGUGGUCGGGGUGGAAGAGGCCGCACCGGUGGACCUGACGAGGCGGCUGGGGCUGACGCGGCCCCCAGACCGGCCGGCGAUAGCUUUCUCCGUGGAGAACAUUCUGGAUCCCAAUAAGUUCACGGGGCGGUCAGACGUACCUCUAAGAUAUGAGGAUCACUACUGGAGACCGCAUUAUGACAGAGACGAUAGCGACUCUGUCAAAGAUCAUCUCCAAAAUUCAGACAUCGAAGCCGACGAUGUUGAAACAGAUGAUCAAACUUCAAACAUGGAUGACGAUCUUUUAACACAAUCAGAUUUGGACGAGAACGGAGACCCAAAGAGCCCUAUCAGUUCCAGCUCCAAGAAGGGAAAAGGAGGGUCCUCCAGAGACUCCAAAGGGGGAACUAAGCCCCGUAGAGCACGAACCGCGUUUACAUACGAGCAACUUGUCUCUUUGGAGAACAAGUUUAAAACGACCAGAUAUCUGUCCGUGUGCGAGCGACUUAAUCUUGCUUUAAGCUUGAGUUUGACAGAAACACAGGUCAAGAUCUGGUUUCAAAAUCGACGCACCAAAUGGAAAAAACAGAACCCAGGGAUGGACGUGAACAGCCCUACGGUUCCGCCGCCGCCCGCGGGAGGUUUCCCGUCGGGGCCCUAUCCUGGAGGUCUUCUGUACUCCCAUGGGGUCCCUUACCCGUUCACAGGGCCGGGGCCCUAUGCGCCAUACUUCCAUCACCUAGCUGCUAAUCAUCAUCACACUCAUGGGAGUCUGGGGCACUCACACACGUGAUUAUGGCCUCGCCCUGCUGACGCUAGGGUUGAGAAAGAUAACGAAAGUGGACUAUCGA